GCUUUCAUUGAAAAUUAAAAAAGAAAGGAAAGAAACUCUCUGCCCUUUUGCUUUUUUGUAUCCGUUGAGACCUCAUGCUUACUCUCAAUCUCUCUCCCAUCGCCACUACAAAAUCUCUCUGAAUUCCCAAAUUUCCCGAAGAUUUGACAAUUUUUCUCAGAAGAUUUGACAAUUUUUUCUCAUCACCCAAACAGCCAAUUCCCUGGAAACUUCCACUUCCACGCCGGAAGUAAUGUCGGCCUCCGGCAACGCAUCUGACGUAACCUCGAAAAGCUCUCUCUCUCAGACGCUGAACUCCGAUACACCGUUUCUUAAAAUUAAGCUCUACGUCGUAGUCGUAGUUGCCAUAUGCAUAUUAUUGGUUUCUAUAAUAGUAUGUGUCUGCAUUUUCUGGAAGCGCAAAAUGCGCGUGAAGCACAGUUCGAGCCUGAUCCCUCUGGUGUCGAAGGAGAUCGUGGAGAUCAAGGAGGUGGGUCGGACUGAUAAUUUGGGUAAAGUAGAGGGUAAGAUUGGAUUUGGUGAUUUAUUGAAAAUGGGGGAGAUUGAGGUUAUUAAAGGUAUUGAGGAAGAGAAGGAGAAGAACAAGAGUGGAGAGAGUGAUGUUGGCGGUUCAGGCUCCAGCAAUGUUUCAAUGGCCGAUACGCAGAAUAUCGGGUGGGGUCGGUGGUAUAGCUUGAAGGAACUGGAGUUUGCGACACGUGUCUUCGCGGACGAAAAUGUGAUCGGUGAAGGUGGGUACGGCGUCGUAUAUAAGGGUUUCUUGCAGGAUGGAUCGGUGGUGGCUGUCAAGAAGCUUCUUAACAACAAGGGUCAGGCAGAGAAGGAGUUCGAGGUGGAAGUUGAGGCCAUUGGAAAAGUAAAGCAUAAGAACUUGGUGGGAUUAAUAGGAUGUUGUGCAGAUGGUCCUCAGAGGAUGCUUGUUUAUGAAUAUGUUGACAAUGGCAAUUUGGAACAGUGGUUGCAUGGUGAUGUUGGGCCUGUAAGCCCUCUGACCUGGGACAUUCGAAUGAAGAUUGCCGUUGGAACAGCAAAAGGGCUAGCCUAUUUGCAUGAAGGGUUAGAGCCCAAAGUCGUACACCGUGAUGUGAAAUCUAGUAACAUUCUUCUUGAUAAAAAGUGGAACCCUAAAGUAUCUGAUUUUGGAUUGGCCAAGCUCUUAGGAUCUGAGACGAGCUACGUGGCUACACGUGUGAUGGGGACAUUUGGCUAUGUUUCUCCUGAGUAUGCAAGUACAGGCAUGCUUAAUGAGGGGAGUGAUGUCUAUAGUUUUGGAAUUCUAUUCAUGGAGAUACUUACAGGAAGGAGCCCGGUUGAUUAUUCUAGACCACCUGGAGAGAUGAACUUGGUUGAAUGGUUUAAAGGAAUGGUGGCAAGUCGUCGUGGAGAAGAGAUAUUAGAUCCCCUAAUUGAAGUUCAGCCCUCUCCUAGAGCACUGAAACGGGCCUUGCUAGUCUGUCUCCGUUGUAUAGAUUUGGAUGCCAAUAAGCGGCCAAAGAUGGGGCAGAUUGUUCAUAUGCUCGAGGCAGAUGAAUUUCCUUUCCGUCCUGAAAUACGGGUGUCUCGAGAGAAAGAUACUCUUCCUCCACAAGGUGUUUCAAACAAAGUUCCACACCCAAUCACGCAUGGGACAGGUAGCAAUCUGGAGAGGUCGAGGCGGAGAUAGUUGUUUAGAUAUCAGUAGUACCUAAAGGUCAGACUAUUUUGUAGCAUAACCUUCACACUUGCAUAAAGGAAGAAAUUAUAGGCCUUGAAUGUGCAUAUUAUUUCAUCUAUAUUUUUGGUUUUGUCAUUAUAUAUUUGGUCAGCAUUCUUAAAAUUUGGCAUGUAAAUAUAUACUCCAUUGUUAUCUUAAUACGUUAUACGUCGCAGUUUUUCAGUCA